AUAACUAUCGGAUAAAGUCGCCAAUAAAGCUAAGAAGCGACAACUACAAACCGGAGAGAAAGAAGGUACACAAAUUGUGAGUUGUACACAACCAGCAGAAUGAAUAAUUAACACUUAAUCACAUCUUAAUCCAAAAACAAAUAAAACUAUAUGUUUACACAUAAUUAUAAAAGCCAGCCCAUUUCUAAGAAACUUCUCCCUUUGUUGUAUGCGACCUUCUCUUUCUCUCGUUCUUUUAACACAAUAAUGGGAAACACAUCUUCAUGCGCACCAUUGAUCACAUCAUCAGGAGUAGUCAAAAUCUUAGCUCCUUUCACCGGAACGCUCGAAGUCUUCUCAAAGCCCAUCAAAACUUCAGACAUCGUCUCUCAAAACUCAGGUCAAUUUAUCACCGACUCAACACUUCUCCAAAUAGGCCACCGAGUCACCGCCGUAUCUCCCGACGAGUUUUUGCGGCCGAGACGACAUCUCUACCUUCUCCUUCCGACAGACAUGCUCUUCUCUGUCUUAACACACGAAGAACUCGCUCUCAUCUCCGAGAAAGCAGCAGAGAUACUCAACGAGAGCCGGUACAACCAUUUGAAGAGAGUGUUCCCUGUUUGUAUGUUUCCGGUGUCUGGAGACAAAAGAAGAAACUCAUCAUCGAGUAAUGACGAUGAUCAUCAUGAUCAUGAUGGUGUGGAAAUAAGAGAAACUCUCGAAGAGAAGGUGCUAUGCGAAUUGAACUAUGGAUCUUGGAGGCCUGGAUUGGAGACGAUCGUGGAGAGCUAGACGAAUAAAAUCUUGAGGAUCGUUAAAGAUUUAUAUAUUUUAUUAAUCAUAGACGAUUAUUUUUUUUGUUCUUCAUUUUUGUUUCCCUGAUAUUUUUUUGUCCGAAUCUAAAGAAAAAUUGAGGCUUAUAUACAUGAAUAUAUUCACGAUGUACUGAAUC